AGCAACCGUGGCGCGAACACGAUGAGGAUCCAUGCACGUGCACUGCUGUUGAUAAGCCUUGCCGUGCUAAUAUGCGCGGCCAGCGGUGAAAGCGGAAAGCACAAGAAGAAAAAUCGACGACACGAGGACGACCGAUCAGAACAGGUUUACUAUGUUGAUCAAAUAGCAUCUGCUUCUGCGAUUUCACCCUGGACAUCGAAUCGCAUCAUCGCCAAAACUACUGAAAAUGGUAAGGAGUCCCAGUACGUGAUCAAUAUCUCGCCGGACGACGAAGUGAUCAUCCACGAUGACAGUGCAACCGAUCGCGUAUCGGACCGUGGCCCAACGGACGAACAAACGCCCCAGGACUUUGUCCACGAGGCGUUGCGUCUUCGCAAGCAGUACAUGCAGAGCGGACCGAAGGGUACGACCCCGAUGCCAGCGAGCUCGUUCGUCGAGUUCACCACGGUCAAGUACGAUCACUUCGGACCGAGCAAGGCACCGGAGCGGGAAGCACCAGAACCGCACGUCAUCUACCACCAUCAUAGCAAACCUGUUCCGACGAAACCAUCGUCCACGGUGGCUCCACCAUCGAUGCCACCAGCAGUGCCCACCUAUCGCCCGAAGCACAUCAAGCCGAAAACCACCAAACCAAUGAUGGUGCACACCGUGACCCCGUACGUGGCUGUGGAUCACGAGCAGCCGGAGCCGAUGCCGACGAUGGGUUAUCGGCCGAAGGAAAUGAAGAUGCCACCGAAGCAGGAGACUCUCUCGAAGACCGCUCAUUUGCCGACGGCUGCAAAGAUUGCUCCCAUCAAGCAGCAGGACACGGCCGCUUCGAAUGUGUUUGUGCAGGCUGUACGACCGGAUGAGCCGUCGUUUGGAAGCAGUUACGCGACGCACCACGAAUCCGGUAGUAGUUAUCAGGAGUUCCACAAGUUCACACCGAACGCUCCCGACUCCCAGAGCAGCAGCUCCAUCCUGACCGUGCACAAGGUGAGACCGGCACCCGAGUCCUAUCGCGCCAAGCAUCCGAAGCAUCCACGGGAAGAAGAGCGCCGGGAGUAUCUUGGAAAGAAUCCCAAACCGAAGCAACCUCCAGUACCGGUAGAGUUGGGACGAUACCGUCCAACGAAAGGCUUCGAGGUGGAAGAAGACCACACGCCCAAGUAUCACCAGGAGAAGAAGCAUUUCGUUUCCGAGGUGCCAAACCCACACGUGAAGUACGAGAAGGAGGUGGAGGAGAACUUCCUGAAGCAACAGCAACAGCAGCAGCAACAGCAGCAGCAGCAUCAACAGCAGCAGCAUCAAUACCAUCAGCAGCUUGAGCAGGAACAUCAACACCAUCACCAUCAGUAUCACCAUCAAGGAUACGAGACUCCACGUCCAGCGAAGAAAGAAAAACCUACCGAGGAACCCCAAUACUAUCCGCCGAAGAACUACCGACCCAUUGAGACGAUCACGCAAGUACAGAUGGAACCGGAGCCCGUUCCUUCCGACGAACCGUACCACUACAAGCCCAUCAAGUCACACCAUGUCGACACGUUCAAACCGUCGGCCGUGAACUAUGAGCGUGAGCCGACCCCACCCGUACAGCUGAAGGAGACGUACAUCUAUCAUCCGCCCAAGUCACACCACGUGGAUCCGCCGAAGAAGCAGCCGGAAACGAGUUCCGUAUCGUACCACGGCUCCAAGCACUACGAACCCUCGGACAAGCAUUUGGCGGAGGUGUCACCGGACUUUUUGAAGUUGGCCACGGCACGACCAUCCAAGCACAAGUAUGCCGACCUGCCGAAACCAUCGCCAGCGCCCAGCUACUCGAAGGUGACCAGCUAUCCUACACUGCAGUCCACUAGCUCUCAGCGCGAGAAACCUUCGUACGAUCCCUACAAGUACCGUCCAAGUCCUACGCCGGAAGUGUCCAGCGCUGGGCAUGGAUUCCAGAAGAUUUCCUCCUCACCAGCCAGCUUCCCGAAGUACAUUCCGGCCAAGAUGCCGGGUGAGGUACAGUCCGAGUCCGGCACGCCGUACAGCUUCAAGCAGGGACACGCCACCGCUUCCGAAUCUUUCUCCAGCUAUGUCCCCUCGUCUACUCCCGAAUCGUUCAGUUCGGGUGUUUCACAAGACUACCCAAAGAUGUUCUCCGCCUCCCCUACUCCGUACACCAAGUACAGUGGAGGAAGUCCGUCGCCAGUGCCUGCAUCGGACACGCUGUACGAGUUCCCGCACAUGAAGGAAACGCCCAAAUCGUUCUCCAAGUUCCAGGAACCGAAGGCUUACUCUACCAUUCACCCGUCGGAGCAACCGUUCAAAACGCUCAGCACCACGAUCUUCAUGAAGCCGUCCACAUCGGAAGCGAACUUUGCAGCUGCUCCGGGCAAACCGAUUCAAAACCUGACCACCUCCAUUGGGCUGAAGGCAUCGCCGAGUGACGCUACCAAGACGGAGUACUACACCGAUCCGGAGGUAACGACGUACUACGUGCUUUCGAACGGAACCGAGAUCAAGCUUGGUGACGAUCCGUCCAAGAUUCCGCAGGAGUUCCGCAUCACGACGGACGAUGGGUCGUUCCUGAGCAGCAACUACUCCACCAAGCUGGCAGAAGACUUUGCGAUGAAGUACAACUGGGACAGCCUGCACGCGGUGGCGGACGGUGAGUUCUAUCUGGGGUCGGCAUCCGACGCGACACUGAAGGCGCUGAUGAAGGAGACUGCAAAGCCAGCGACCAAAUUCCACGAACCGAUCGAGUACGUUGUGCGGGACAAGAAAAAGAUGAAGCCACUCGUGUUUCCCAAGGUACCGCACAAACCGAUCAAAACGGUCACGAUCUACAAGUCGACGCAUCGAUCAUCGGACGAUAUGGAGGGUGGAUUCGAGCCCAUGGUUGGCGUACAGCCACAGAUGGACAAGAAAAGCGAGCUACCCGGAGGAGACGAUGAGUUCUACUACACGAACGAGGCGAUCGACCAGGAGGAGGACCCAACGAAGGCAUCGAAGAAGAACGCCGUAUUUAUGCCGGGCCAGGGAAUGGGUGGACGUAUGCCAGGACCGGGUAUGAUGCUGAAGUUCGCUCCGGGUCCUAUGCCCGUACGUGAGCAACCUGCAGCGCCGGCUCAGGAUAUGGACAUGAGUGCCGAACCGUCCAAGAAACAUCAGUACUUUGUGCUGUACCACAUUGAGGAUAAGGAGAAGAAACCAACGAGACCACACGUUCCUCAACCACCACCGACGCCGGCCGUUCCGAAGCAAGAGAUCCAUUACCACUACAGCGAGAAGGAAUCGGAGGAGCCCGAGGUAACGCACGAGCACUACAACUAUCACCACGAGGAGACGAUCGAGGAGUCGGACGAUGACAUUCAGCACCAUUACGUGAAUCCGAACUAUGGCAAGUUUAACUACCGGCCCAACAUUGCCCACCCUUCGUAUCAGAGACCGCUGCGCGAUAGUAUGGCCGCCGGCAGUGAAACCACGCUGAAGGUUGUCGAUCCGGAUGCGAAACACUCGCGACCACUGGAGAUCACCAAGCAGGAGUACAUGCGUCACGUCCAGAACGCCGUGCUGCGGUAUAUGCGCCAGCUGCAGGAGGAAGGUCGUCUGCCGCAGAUCGCCUCUCGCGAUUCCGACGACACACAGAAAGCGUUCGAGGAGAUCGAUCUGGCCGCACUGCUGAACGGAGGUCCGAAGCAAAAGUUCCAGCUGAAUGGAGCGGUUCGCGCUAACGUACCUUCCAACCCGAGCCACUACAAACCGAUGAAGUCGGUGCCGAGCUCCUCGACGUACAAACCGACGGCAUCGCCGCAGAAUGUAAAGUUGGGCAAGAACACGUACACGGCCGGUAAGCCGUUGAAGGUGGCGAUCGAGAGCUUGCAGGACACGCUCAGCAGCAACGUGGACCUGACGGUGAAGGGCAACAAGCAACCGGUAAAGCCAGAUCUCUCCGCGAUCGAUGUUGGCCAAUCGUAUCUACACGGGUCCACGCUGGAUCAUGGUUCCUCCUCUCCGAAGGGUGGCCAUGGCUAUGACGGUUCCGCUGGUGGAGCAUCUCCCAAAACGAAGCUGCAUUUCAACCAACAAUCUCACCACGACAUUAACUCGAUGCUGAACGCCAAGGAGGGAGGCUUGCAGGGUUUGAGGACGAAUCUGAAGGGCUCGUACCUGGAUCACUCGUCCAACAACUAUGGCUCGAUUAAGGCUGGUUCGGCGAAUGUGGGGGCUUCGAUAAGCUUCGGCAAUGGAGGUAUGGGCCAUGGCAAGGGCAUUCAUGGCGGUGAGGAUGAUAACAAGAUUGCACCGGAAGCGCUGGAUGCACCGAUCCAGAUCAUCAACGGGAUCCCGAUUACGAAUCCCUACAACAUAGAUAUAAACACGCUGAGAUAUAUGUUGGGAGGUCUCGCCCAGGCACAAGCCGAAUCGCAGCAGCAGCAGCAGCAGCAACAUACGCACAAGGAACCGACUCUGAAGCUCAAAGGUUCCAACUGGAUGUCACUCCCCACGAUGGCUAGUCCUACGCAGGUGUUUUCCUCGCACAUUCCCACCUACCAGCAUCCACCGUCGGAGGUGAACAACUACAAAUACAACGCCAACUUCGACGCGAGCAACUUCAAGAUCAAGUUCCCGAAGAACAUGAAGGUGAAGGGUACGUCCACAAACGUUGGAGAUGCGGCGGCUAGUGGGUCGAUGAACUAUGCGGCUUGGGCCGAAUCGCCCAGAUCACCGAACCAGUUGAACGUGAACCAUUUCAACCAUGGCAAUGGGAAUAACAAUCUGAACAAUCUGAAUAACCACGGGAAUGGCAAUCAGAACCAGAACGUUGUGAUGGGCAACAGUCGUCCGAUGGCCGUCCAGAACCACCAUCAUCAUCAGCAGGUACAGCAACAGUUCCAACAGCAGCUACAGCAGCAACAGCAGCAGCAGCACCAGCAGCAACACUUUGUCCAACAGCAUCAACAGCAUCAACAUCAACAGCAGCAACAACAACAGUUUAUGCGUCCGAAUCGAGAAUUCAAUCCGGAGCUAUAUCUCAACCCCAACGGGCAACUAUUCCAGGGCCUCUUGAAGCAGAAUCCCAUCAUGAGCAAAAAGGCGGCUACCAGCGAUUGGAAGCCGACCACAGUCAAGCCAACGAUGGGACCUUCGAAGGCGGUCAAGAUCGACACAAACCUGCGACCACCGCCACCGGUUGUCAAGGGUUGAAGAUCACCCCGACACCAACCCUGUCCCUUGGGAAUAUCCCACGAAGGAAAGGAAGAUGGUAAGUAGCCCGCCUUCCUGAACCAAUCCUCUAGUGGUGUAGCUGAGUCAGUGACGCUGAGUGUUAGUCGUGCAAUGAAAGUAUUUAAACAGACAUAGAUUCGACGAGCAAGGUUCGACACAUAUCUCAUCUGAAAAAGAAUCCCUCUUUUUGCUAAAGAUGCUUUCUGUGGUGCACGUCCCAUUUUUUUAUCCUGCUGAUAAUUUCUUCUUUUACGUAGAAUAGUGAAUUAAUUUAUUGCAGUAUCGUAAGUUAUACUCUGUAACUCAUGUACUAGUUGUUAGGCAGUAGAUAAAUAAAAACAGAACUACCA